CUGGUCCUGAUCCUCGUGUCCCGUGUGGUGGCCAUGGGGAUGCGGUGGGAAAGGACAAUGGGUUUGUCGCCAGCAUGCAGCGAGGCGGCCGGUGUCGCUGCAUUGGUCUCCGCAGGGGAGGCAGGAGGGGACAUGGGACACAGGAGCUGCUGCAAAGGGGACUCGGAGCAAAGUGGACAGAGCCAGGUACUGUGGGUCCAGGGAUGAUGGAUCCUGUGCUGAGGCUGGAGACACAGCUCGGGGAUGCUCACAGGGCUGGGCUGGACGCGUGCUGCUGGGACCCGAUGGGCCUGGAGAGGAUGGGGCAAAGAGCCUGUGACUGCUGCCAGGAGGGGCUGGAGAUGGAGAGGAGGAAAAGAAUGGCUUUGCAAGAGGAGAAACUGGAGCUACAGAAGAGGCUCCGGGAGCUGGAGCAUCGCUCCCACUGCCUGCUGCGGCAGAGGCAGGAGGUGCUGUGCCGGCUCCAUGUGCUGCUCCUGAAGGAGAAGGUGGACGCCCUUCAGCAGCUCCAGGAGGCUCUGGAGCAGCAACUGCUCCUCAAGGAAAGGGCUGUCAGGACCGCACGGCUGCAGCACCGCCUGAGCCACCCAUGGGAGCAGGCUGGGAGCUGCCCGGCCACGGGGACCACCUCAGCGUGCCCGUGCCAACACAACCUGCACCCCAUGGGGCAGGGCCCGCUGCCGGCAGCGGUCAGCCCCGCGCUCCGUGUCCUGUGUGGCCUCCGGGAUCAAAUCCAGCAGCACAUCAGGGAGCUGCAGAGGGAGCCCAGGGACGCGCCGGCUGAAGGAGGGAGAGAUGGAGUGAAGACCCGUGCCCCCGUCCCACCUCUUCCUUGUCCCUGAGUGCCGCGCCUGCCCUCCCACAGCACGGCCAUGGGUCCCUGGGGCUCCUGCACCACCUCCGGGAGCUGCAGCCUGGGUAACCUGACAG